UGUAUGAGUAUCAAAAAGAUUGGUAGGGUUCCACCAAAUAAUAAUAAUAAGCUUAUGAAUAACUCGUAGCGCCGCUCUUGUGGCUAUAAGUUGUACUUUUGUUUGGGACGUGAACUGACCACCCCCCACCACGUUCGUUGCAAGACCUGUAUGUAAGACCGUGGUAUAGAGAUCAGUGGGAGAAUGCCAUGAGAAUGCACAGCACGGAUAUGAUGCACAGCGAUUAAAUAUAACGCCUUCAGUGGGUUCGGCGGCGAGUGGCGGUUCGAUUUCGACAAGCUUGAAAAGUGGGAAACACGGUGAUUAAGUGCUGCGUAAAGUUAAAUAAACGUAUGAUUGUUCAUCUUGGUGUUACGCGUUCGAAAAUGUAGUUUGUUAUAAUAGCCUACGAUUAAUAAAACUCUAGACAUUGGUACCGCAGUUUAAUCGGUUAUGAACGGGCAACUUCAAUCCUCGCGCGAGAGGUUAGGUGCAUUCAGUGGGGGAGCAGGAUGGUUCACUGGGUUUGUUACUCCUGGUCAUACCGUAUCAUCCCAAAAAAUAUCACAAAUAUCGGUCGACGACUCGAGCAAUGGUGCCGAGGUUGAUGGCAAAAUGAAGAAGAAGCUAAUGUCGAUGUGGAAUAAUGUGAAAUACGGGUGGAGCAUCAAGAUAAAGACUAACUUCUCGAAAGAGUCUCCUGUCUUUCUUCUUGGAUCCUGUUACCACAAAAGACAAAAUGAAGAUUCUCCUGAACGGGCAGUUGAAGCUGUAGGGUUGGAUAUGGGAACCGGUAGCAAUGUGUCACUGGCAAAAGAUGCCUGUACUUUAGAACAAGGAAUGGAUGGUUUUCGAAAGGACUUCACGUCCCGUUUGUGGCUGACUUAUCGACGGGAAUUUCCCAUCUUGAAUGGUUCUAACUUUACAACAGAUUGUGGCUGGGGAUGUAUGCUUAGAAGUGGACAAAUGAUGUUAGCCCAAGCGCUAGUCUGUCACUUUCUUGGCAGAGAAUGGAGGUGGCGACCUGAUGGGUCCAUUGAUUCAGUCCAGCAAUUCCAUGAAGAUUCGCAGCACAGAAUGAUCAUCAAAUGGUUUGGGGAUCAGCCAGCCCCACUGUCCCCACUCUCCAUACACGCUUUGGUCUCUUUAGGUACAGCUGCUGGAAAAAAGGCUGGAGAUUGGUACGGCCCAUCGUCAGUAGCUCAUCUUCUGAAACAGGCUGUCGAACGUGCUGCGAUUUGCCACGUUGAAUUUGAUCAGCUUGCAGUAUAUGUUGCACAGGAUUGUGCCGUAUACAUGGAUGAUGUAGCAAAGGUGUGCCAGAAACCCGAUGGGAAUUGGAGGUCUCUAGUACUGUUGGUUCCUCUAAGACUAGGCAUGGAUAAGUUGAAUCCCGGAUACGCACCAUGUCUUACAGCUCUUCUCAGUUUGGAAGACUGCAUAGGGGUGAUUGGGGGACGUCCGCGUCACUCUCUUUACUUCAUCGGUUACCAGGAAGACAAGCUGAUCCAUCUAGAUCCACAUUACUGUCAAGAAACGGUUGAUGUGUGGAGGCGAAAUUUCUCACUGGAAAGUUUUCACUGCACUUCGCCACGAAAGAUGCUUCUGUCAAAAAUGGACCCCAGCUGUUGUGUGGGAUUUUAUUUUCGCGACAAAGCUGCAUUCGAUAGUUUUGUGACAGUAGUAACGCCCUUUUUGAUACCACCCAACCAGAAAGUUGAGUAUCCAAUGUUCCUCUUCAGCGAAGGGAGUGGCGCUGACGUUCAACGCAGUAUGGAGAAUAGAAAAAGUGUUUUGUCAUCGUCCGAGGAGUCCACUAAGAUCGAGGAUGAUGACAGUCAUUACGAGUGUGAAGAAUUCGAGUUGUGCGAAUGGUAGAGUAAAUUAAGUACACUUAGAGAAAAUUGUGAAAACAACCAUAAACAUACAUCAUACAUAUCUAUAUAACAUAUAUAUAGAUAUGUAUGUAAAGGAUAUAUAUUUACUUAAAAAAAAAGUACUUAAAAGAAUGUUAGGUAAGCACCUGAUGAUAAUGCCGCGAUAUUCCUAUGACUCAAGACUUACUAUUACUUAUUAAUUCACACUCACUUAAUUAUGCACUAGCGCAUUCAACUGACAAUUUGAACGCGUUUUAUGAAUUAACAUCUUUUCCUUCUCUUUAGUUAGUCAAACACGUAACAAUUCACCAGGUUUUAGUAACCUAUAAUAUUAUGAUUUUAUGUGAUAAAAAAAAAAAUCGAAAACAGUAUACACGUAUUUUACUAUGGCAUAAAUAAAUUAUGUUUACGUGUAUAUAUAUAUAUAUAUAUACACACACACACACACACACACACAUAUAUAGGUUGACGGAUCUCUUUCUUUUCAUAUCAAUGAUUUACGCGUUCAGCACCGUUGGCAGUUUGUGCUAGGCACAGUAAUAUGUGUAUCGUAAAAUGUAAGAGGAUUUAAAUUAUUUAUUUAUUUAUUUACACCUGUAGCUUAGGCAUGUUUAAGCAAAAUCUUUAUUAUUCCAAUAGCGUGGGUUAUACAUACCCAACGUGUUCAUUAUUUUUCUUGAAUCUCUUCCCCCUGCCUUCAUUGUCAGUGAAUCAAAUAAUAAGUACCCACUGCCAUAAGGUAUACAAACCACGAAUAUCUUGUCUUGUUCGGAAUAAGACUGCUAUCCCAUGCGUACAACAAGCACGGAAAA